AGCCUGGAGACUUAGUUUUGGGAGUCUGGUUUUGGAACAGACGUUGAGCACUAAUGGCAUGCGCUUUGGUUGUGAUCAUUGCUCUAUUUACUAUGGUAAACCAGAUGACGCUUGCUGCGGAUCUGACAUGCGUGGUUGGACCUCAUCACAAAGCGUUUCCAUCACCUGAGCCCGACAUGAGAGCAGACACUGCCUGCAGCCGAUAUUCCAGCCUUUCUUGCUGUGCAGCUAACACCUCGCACUCAAUUGACCAACAGGGUGACCGAGAGCUGUACAAACUUCACUGGGAUGACUGCGGUAACAUAUCAACCUCAUGUGAACGCUACCUCAAAGCUGAAAGCUGUUUUUUCGCAUGUGAUCCAUAUUUGGGACCGUGGAAGGGUUCGGAAAAGUUAUCAUUGUAUGCUGUACCUGUAUGCGCUUCCUUUUGUGACGAGUGGUUCGACGCAUGCAAAGACGUGGCUAUUUGUACACGAAAUUGGAUAACAGACUUCAAAGAAAAUAUUACAACAGGCGAGUAUCAUUGCUCGAAUCAGACAUGUCGCACUUUUACAGAGUGGUAUCAAAAUGGUAAGGGAAUGUGUGACACAAUGUGGGAAAAUUCCUACCAAUAUGAUGCAGAUAACGAGAAUUGUAUGGUAAUGACAUUCACUGGUAACAAUCAUAGUGCGAAUUUCCAUAUUGAACAGAAAAUUGCACACGUAACCUUUGCUAGACUAACUGAGUCUGCAGAUGCCAUCUCAUGA